AUUGCCACUCCACUGUGCGCGCGUAGCUCGGGAUUCUAGCUAGCGUAGACUAGUGGUUAGAGCGACCAGUAGCAGCCGUCCAGUUAAUACUCACGCUAGGUAAAGAUACUGGAUGUAUCCCACGAUCGACUAAUCCUUGUGCUUUCUCGUCGAUAUAUAUAUUGGCCCAAACACUAAUCUUAUCCCUUCCCCCCCUCGAUCGAUUCUCCACUUGCAAUACGCGCACCCCGGCCGGGCCGAGCUCCUUUUCGCGAGAGGAAGCAGCUGGCCACUUAACUUGCUCUCGUGCUCACCUAGCUAGCUAGCUAACACCCAGCUGCCCUAGCCCCUAGCUAUCUAGCAACCUAUGCGAAUUGGGGAGGAGGCAUGAGCAGCAGACACGAGGGCGGCGGCCAUGGCGCCGCCGCGGCGGCGGCGGGAGCUGGCGUGGGUAGUAUCAAGGAGGGCGGCGGCCGGGACGCGCACGAGGACGACCUGGUGAUGCCCGGGUUCCGGUUCCACCCGACGGAGGAGGAGCUGAUCGAGUUCUACCUCCGCCGCAAGGUGGAGGGCAAGCGCUUCAAUGUCGAGCUCAUCACCUUCCUCGACCUCUACCGCUACGACCCCUGGGAGCUCCCAGCGCUGGCGGCGAUUGGGGAGAAGGAGUGGUUCUUCUACGUGCCGAGGGACCGCAAGUACCGGAACGGGGACAGGCCCAACCGGGUGACGGCGUCGGGGUACUGGAAGGCGACGGGGGCGGACAGGAUGAUCCGGGCGGAGAACAACCGCUCCAUCGGGCUCAAGAAGACGCUCGUCUUCUACUCCGGCAAGGCGCCCAAGGGCGUCCGCAGCAGCUGGAUCAUGAACGAGUACCGCCUCCCCACCGCCGACACCGACCGAUACCACAAGACAGAAAUCUCUCUCUGCCGUGUCUACAAGCGCACCGGCAUCGACGACGGCCGUGGCCACCCCUCCUCGGCGCGGUCGACGAUGCCCUCCCGCCGCGGCGCUGAGGCACGGCAGGACAACAGACAAGGGUCAUCGUCGACGUCCACGCCCACGCCACCGCCGACUCCAUCCAAGCUCCAACUUCUACAAGCAGGCGAGUGCACGUCGCCGCCGGCGCCCAUGACCGAUCACGCCCAAACGCACAGGCCGGCGGCUCCAAGGCAGCACCUAGCAGCCACCUUAAAGCCCUCGGGUGGCUCAUUAGGAUACCUACAGUCAACCGCAGCGACCGGCGAUCAUCAGCAGGAGGCAGCCGCGGCGUUGCUGUACCAGCAGUACUCCAAGAGCACAAACACCUUCGCGUCCACGUACUCGCUGCUCAACCUGGUGAACGCGGCGUCCAUGGGCGUCGCCUCCGCCGCGGCCAUCGACGAGCUGAGCACGCUGGUGGGCCACGGCGCCGCCCAGCUGCCGUCCUACCACAGCCCCGCGUCGUCCGGCGGCCACCACGACCACUUCGUCGUUCCACUGCCGACGCCGCCGACGCAGCCAAUUACGCCGCUGGGGACGCUGCCGAUGUCGCUGGCCGCCAUCUCCGACAAGAUCUGGGACUGGAACCCGAUCCCCGACGCGGCGGCGGGCAGAGAUUACGGUGGCGCCGGCUUCAAGUGACGGAUCAAGAGGGAAGCGCGUGCGCGGCAACAGUGCAUGCACCCGUGCAUGGCUAGCUGUGCAAUUGGUACCACUCCACCUUGUACACCUCCUCUCUCUCUCUCUCACUCUCUCCCUCUCUCUCUCCACAGUUAUUAUUCUUCUGAGUAAACGAACAAUUAGACCAUUAUAGCAUUCUUGGCCAGUCCAUAUAUAGAUCACCCCAUCUUCUCAGGUACUACGUACUCCAGUAUGAUCAAGAGAAUUCAGGAUAGAUAAUUUGUAAUUCCUGAUGAGUUCCAUAUAAUAACCUCGUCGAUUUGACAUGAUACA